AUGGUCGUCACUCGGUCCACUGCAGCCGAGAUAGGUGAUGGUAUCACUGAUCAGAAGAUCGCAGCCGCCUAUGCCGCUGACGACUACCAAGACAUGAUCGCGACUGCGAGGGCCGCAGGAAACCAUGCACAGGCUCGACGUCUUCAAGAGCUUGCUUCCUUCACCGGCGACCGCGUAAGUCUCGCUCCCCUCCCAUUUCCUCGCGCUGAAUCGUCCAUCGAUAACCAAGAGUAGAAGCUGACCAUAAUCACCCACUGUAGAAAGAUUCGCCAUCUCGACAGAUUUUGGCUUCGAGAACUUCCAAGAAGAACUGGUUCGCGAGCACUCCAUCUCUCGCGAGUGAUACGACCGUCAAAGGAAAUGGCGGGCAUGAAGACGGACAAUUGGAGAGCACGCAGUCCAAGAAGUCACACCAACCCUGGCAAGAUGAGCAUGACGACUCCAGCAGCAUAGUCACUUCUUGUGGAUGCAGGCCGAGCAAACUCCAGCCUGCAGCGCCCAUUGAUGCUUCCAGCACAACUUCUACGCCCGCCGCUCGACAAGGCCCAAAACCUUGUGCUUGUGGGCCUCAUUCAGGACAUCCUCCAAUUCCUGCCCCGCGCACUCCCUUGUCUCCACCUCUCGAUCGAGCUCCAGGCUACCGUCAGAGCGACUACAAUGGCGAGGAUGGGCAUUGGGCUACUGCUAGGGCAGAUGCGUAG